GUCGUCGUCAAGCAGCAGCAGCAGUGGCCCGAGAUCCAGAUUUUUCCGUCUCGUUAUUUUUUCGCGUUCGGAAAUUACAAGUCGGUGGUCCCGUGUGCAAUCCGUGUUACUUCCCGGAUGGAAUCGUCGUCGCCGUUGCCGCCGAGCGUUCCGGGAUCGUGUGGCUGAGGAGGGAAACUCUACGGGGACGUCGUCGUCCCCCCUCUCGAAUCUGCUGACGGCUGGCAAAAGAAAGAUGGUCGUCGACCAAAAUUGAAACGCAUUUCGUCGUCGUCGUCGCCUACUUGGGUGGAAGAUCGGAUUGACGGUGUGUGUCGAGGUCGUUUCCUUUUGCGUUUUUGCUUGACGCGAGUCGCCAGAUUGAGCAGAUUCUGUGGGAAGCGCGACUUCCGGUCCGGGAACAGCUGGUCCAGCCCACCGUAAUGGGGCGAAAAUAGCCGUGACUCAUUCGACGAAGAAGCAAAGUUGUGCGCAAAAUUCGUCUUGCAAAUUUUUGCGAGUAAUUCUGGUGAAUUGUUUUGGGGUAAAAGUGAUUGUUUACGAACAACAAAGAUUUGCACAGAUUGCAAAUCAAUCGAAGAACCAAAACCGAGGAAAAUGAAUGAUUAAUAAUCUGUCCUUCAAAAGUUUGAAGCCCACCAGUAGCAGAACCAGCAGGAGCCAAUCUCGUGGCGAGUGAGGGGAGAAAAAAUUUCACUCGACUCGUGUCACUUUUCUUUUCCACCCCGCAGUCGGUCGAAGAAGACGAAGAAGAAAAAAAUAAAAUACACCCAUUUCGUUAGUGUACGUGCGCGCUUGUAUGUGUGCAGUGCCGCGCGGUUCGAAACAAACACCGUCUUAAUUUUGGUUGAAGGUUGCGUGAAAUGCAAUUUUCGGUCGUCGCAGUUGCCUAACGGAAUCGACGUGGUUUUGUUGGUGUUGUCGUUGACGUUGGUCUGCCCGGAGGAAUUUCUACCGGAGAACAUCGGACGUUCGUUUUUUUUUGGAUUGGUGGUAUCUCGAGCGGCUUAAAAAUGUGGAGUCCGUCGUACGAGAUUAUCGUGGAAACGCUGACCGGGUCCGAGUUCGAGGUGACCGUCAGCGAUCGGGACACCGUCGGCUACAUCAAGUCCAAGAUCCAGAAGUAUGAAGGAAUUCCGGUCAGCCAGCAGCACCUGCUGUACCAGCACCGGGAGCUGGCGGACGCGACCGAGAUGCGGGACGUCCCGCUGGUCAACGGCUCCCGACUGAAGCUGGUGCUCGGCAUGAAGGGUGGCCCGAUAUCGUCCAAGCGGGUCGUCACCAUCUCCGACUACGAAAACUGGUUCGACAUGAGCGACGUGCUGUCAAGGCAAGACGCGGCCAACUUCAAGACGCCCGGCCUGAAGCUGCUGGUCAACAAGAAGAACAUCCACCGGCUGAUGAAGGUGCGCGCCGAGAAGGCGUCGGACAACAUCAAGGGAUCCGUGUCGAGGACCAUCGGCAGUCAGAGCUGUGCCGACCUGGACGCGGAGGAGUUUGAGCGUGAAACGCAGAAGGAACGCGAUGAUAAAAUCACGGCAGAGAAAUUGAAUCAAAUCAAAACCAAGCUGAACAUGAAGAAAAAGAAAAUAGCGAAUGGCGCCCUCUCGGAAGAAGUCGUCGUCAAGGAGGAAAGAUCCCCCAUUGCCCGUCCCACCUUUUCGGCUGGUCCGAUCGGUCCGACGGGGCCGCACUACCAGCGCCCCCACACAUCAACGUCCCAGAUGGCCGGCGCCAGCAUAGCGACCGCCACGCGGGAACCCUUUCUCCCACAUAUCAACUUCCAGAGCGCCAUCACGACCAGCACCAAUCCGAACGUCGCCAUCGCACCCACAAGUGCUAACACCCGUCGGGCGGAACUGGACCGCCACUCGCAGAUACGCGAAAAUCUCCAGCGCAAUCGUUCCUUCAAAACCAUCAGUGCUAAGAACCUGAACCACCACCACCACCUGUCCGGCAACGACAUUACGGUGCGCGAUCCGAGCAGGCUCGAACGGUCGCUGUCGUACCACUCGAACGGGAUCUUCAACCGGAUGGACUCGGACCCGACGACGGGUGGUCGUGGCCACCACGCGACCGCCGCCAGCUACAACAGCACCCAGUCCCAGCACCAGCUCUCGUCCGCGUCGCUUCACGACAUCAUCGAGCUGCUCAAGUAUAAUCCCUCCAAGCUGCGAACCAUUUCGCACGACGCCCUCAACAAAAUGGUGACCUCCAAAAAGCACCACGGCAGCGGCGGAGGCAGUCACACGUCCAGCGCCAAACUCGUAGACAACGCCUCCCUCAAAAACAUCGACGAGUUCAUCCGGGACUACGAUGUGACGAUGACGAACCGGCUCAAGACGAUGGCCGGCGGCGAUUGUUCCGCGAAUCUGCUCGCGGAAAGCAUGUUCAACAAGGAGGCGGCCAGCGGCGGCGGGUUCGCCUCGACGGAGAUUGCCUUCGACAAGGGGUCCGUCGGCAGCGGGCUGGACAAGACGUUCCGCUCGCUGUACAAGUCCACCUCGGAUGACAACAGCACGUACGAGCUGCCCAAGCUGCUGAUUCGCGAGGAUUCCCCCGUGGAAUCGUUCCAUAGUUCCUACCCGCAGCUGGAGACGGUUGCGCUGCGCGGCGAAUCGCCCAAGAACUUCAACUCGAUGGCAAAGCUGCAGGCUGAGGCGGGUACGGCCGCAGCCGAAGGUCAAUCUUCGCUGGCGCCCGGUCCCGCCGAAAAGAGCAAGCUCACGUCCGGAUCGCUGCUGCAGCUGUACGAACAUCCACCGCCGGCCACUACGGCUGCGAUUGGUGGCGGAGCGUCCGGCAGUGGUGGUGGUAGUGGGGGAACUUGGGCUCCGCACUACGGUGGCGUUGGUCAUCAUCAUCACUCGGACUUGGGGAUUAACGAGCUGGAGCUGAAGUUUAUCAACAACGGGUUGAUGGAGAAGAGUGGAAGCGGUGCGACGGCCAGUGGCGGUUCCGUGUUCAAACUGCCGGCGGUUUCGAACCUGGAGAUCAACCACUGGAACGCGUUGUCCAACGAUUCGGUGAAUAACUAUGCGCGAUCCGGCGACGGUAAGGACAAGGAAGAGGAGCAGGCCUCCAAUCCGCGUACGUCGAACGGGUUCAUCCACAGUGAUUUGUCCAUCUCGUCGGACGAGGACGACCUGUUUAGCAUAUCGGACCUGAUCUACAAGAGCCAGGCCAACAAGUCCAAGUCGAUCGAUUUGAACGAGUUUCGUAAAACGUUCGGCAGCAGUCCGACGCUGUUGAACAACUUUGGAGGUACCAACUGUAACCUGGCACCGCAGCUGUCCCGGCUGGACGCGAUCCCGUCGCAGUACCGAAGAGGUUACACCAACCUGAACGAUGCGGGUUUGUCCUGCUCAACGUCGGAGCUGGAGUGCGUCAACGCGACCACUAAGAAAAAGACUGGAGGCAGCGACAACGGUGAGUUGUCGCCGCUGCUAAAGCAUCGUAACAAUGACCACGUGGCGUACGUGCGGAGUUACGAGAACCUGAACCGCUACAAGGCGUUUUCGAUGAAGAACGGAGAGUCCAGUGAUAUUUUACGGUGUCAACAGGGUGGCGGGCAGCUUCUGCCCGGUAUUAGCAAUUUAGAUAGUAUCGCCGACUCGGAUUUGAACAGCAGCAGCGGAAGCGGCUCGAAUCUGAUCGACGACAGUUUUACCGAUUUCGAGUAUAGGUUUUCCAGACUGAGCUGUUCCGGUGGCGGUUGUAGUAGUACCAAUACAAGUAGCAAUACUCAAACUAGCAGUAGCAGUAGUAGUAAUCAAACGAACGGUGCAACCGGCGCAACCCAUCGGUUACUCCCGUUGACCGAUCCGAACCACCGAACACGACUGAUGUACGGCCAUCCGCCCGCGUUCAACAACACGUCGUCUCCGUUUAGCAACAAUAACCACAACCACAACAAUCAUCAUCACCAUCACCACCACCACCCCACCAACAACAACAACAACAAUAACUCGGCAUCGGCAGCCAACUACUAUUUCCCCUCGGACGAAAGUCUCUUCAACAUCGACUCCUUCUUCGACGACUUUGUAGAGAUCGACACCAGUGAUAUCUUUGACAAUACCGAGUACAUCAACAUUGGCGACAGCCGCAGCUCGAACGCGUCCUCCUCUAAGCUGCGCUCGCAAAAGUCGUCCUCCGCCAACAAACAGUCACUGCUCCUGCCGGAAAUCCUCCAGCAGGACGAGCUACUCCUCAAAACUCACCCCGGCGGCAGCUUCUCGGAGAGCGCCUCGGAAGAACUGCUCGGCGACGAUGGCGCGUCCGCGUCCGCGAUCCGACAAAUUGACGCUGGCGUCGAUCCCUCCACCCACGACCGCGACAGCAUCGAGCGCGAACUUCCCAGCAAGAAGCUGCCGCCGUCGGUUCACCACCAUCCCGCCGAGCCGGUCAAGUCGAAGAAGCUGCGGUGCGCCCAGUGUAACCGCAAGCUGGGCGUCAUCAUGAUCAUGCGGUGCCACUGCGAGAAGAUCUUCUGCGCCCAGCAUCGGUACGCGGAGGCGCACAACUGCUCGUACGACUUUAAGCUCGAGGGCAAGAAGCUGCUGGAGCGCGAGAACCCGCUCGUGGUGGCGCAGAAGCUGCCCAAGAUUUAGAAAGGGCUUUUGUCCUUGAACGAUGUUAUCUUUAUCUGAACUCAGUGUGUGAGCUAAGCGCGAUGCAGAAAUGGGCGGCUCCAUUUAGGUUUUUCUUUUUGUUUUUUUGCUUAGAAGAAAUAAAGAAAGUUUUUACAAUUAACUUUAUCCAAUUUGUAAUAGGCAGUGUUGUAGAAAGUAAACACUUGAAUCAAUAAUUUAACAUGUAUCUAUUCAAAGUCCUCCAUUUAAUGCAUCAUUGAUUACCCACCACGCUGACACCGGAAUUGUUUCGCCUUAUUACUCUCAUACGUAUUUAAGUUUGUUUGUAGUAAUAAAUUGGCAAAGUCACUAGAAAUCAUAAAAAAAGACAGAAAAGAAGAAAAAAAGUUUAGCUAGAUUCUCUAUCAAUUUUAUCGAACAAACGUUUAAAUUAAUUCGAAAGUAGGGUGAAAAAAAGUUUGGAGAAAAGUAAACAAAAAAAAAUCUUAGCCACAGAAAUACAGGAAAUUAGUUGGAAACGAAAAAGAAAAAUUCUUGGCACACACACACACACACCAAAGGCAUGAUUUUCAAAAUCACAAAAAAAAAAAGUUGGAACUGAACUAAAAGCGUGUGUGAACUACUAGUAGUCAGAGUUGGUCGAAAUAAAAAUUGUCACACACAAACACACACACCCAGUAGUAGCAGCAGCUCAAAUGUUAGAGCUAGAAGCAUAUGAUUGGUUUGUCUCACAAUUGCGCGUUGGUCGUCCGAAAACGACGAAAGCAGCGCAUCUCAACUAGAAUUAGAGGUAAUGAAAAAAAAAGUUGAAUAUUUACGCUAUUUUUGUUCUUAAUUUUAUGAAAAUAUUGGAUUUUCCAGUAGUUUCUUAUUACCGAUAUAACCAAUAUAUAGAUGGAAACAUUACACUACACAGCUACUAGCAGUAAACGUAAAAACACUAUAAAACGAUGCCGUAUGAUACCGAUCGUUAAGUAACUGGAAUAUGGUGAAAACAAUGUUAUAAUCCUAGUACACACGAGAACCAUUUAAUCAACUCUAUCUAUCACACACACUGGUAAAGCUACUAGUAUCACAUAUUGUCGUAAGUUCAGAGCUAAUAGAAGUGUUUAUUCUUUGCAAACAAUAAAAAAAAAACAAUUAAUUUAUUACUUAUCAAAAACUAUAAAAAGUCCAAUAAAAACUCGAAAAAAAAAGCUCACCAAGUAA